AUGCCGGAGAAGCACAACAGAGCAAUGCCACCAAUGACGCCACCAAUGAUUGCCCCAGUAUUGUUUGCAGAAGAGUCACUGUUGUUGGUGCUGCUACUGCCAGGAUUGGUUUCUUUUGCAGGCGCUGCAAUUGUUGAUGGCGUCGUUGCCUGUGAUGAUUUACCAGAAGAUGCGUCUGUUGAUUUAGAUGACGAUGAAAACGUACUCAUAGUCAUCUGUGUCGCAGUAGAUGUUGGCGCCAUCUUACCGGCCGCUAACAUCACUCAAUAUCUCGAGGCGAUCCUGACAACACGGCUUUCAACAUUAUCACACCUAAACUGCCCUGCAAUUAAUGCUACGCGAUACGGCGCGCUCAAGAGCAAACGUCCCUCCGAUCCCGUUAUUCAAUACUUCUUCGCCCUCAACCUGCGACAAAACUUGCCUUUGUUACCUCAGCUGAUGGGCAGCAUUGUCGAAGCGAUUCGUUUUCUCGGCCCGGCACAAUGUGUACUGUCCAUAGUUGAAGGUAACUCUCCGGACGGUACCGCCGAUGUUCUUGUUGCUCUUCGGUCAGCACUCGAGAAUAUGGGAGUCACACAUUAUUUCGAGUCAUCUGGGAUCGAUCCGAGCAAGGACGACCGUGUUUGCACAGCUUCGAAACAAGGCAUUAGCACCGCUCCUGGGCUUGCACGACACGGCGACAAAUGA